AUGCAAUCAUGUUUUUAUGGAAUAUUGUUUUUAACAAUAUUUGCGUCGACUUUUGUGGUAUCAACUCAUAUUAGAGGUUAGUUUUCUGUGGAAAUUUUGAAUCGGAUGUGUGUUUUUUAGGAAAAUGGAAUCCCUCAUCACAACGAGUUUUUGUUGUAACAAAAUUUGGAUUUCAACAAACAAGUUCGAAACAUGAGAAAGAUUCAAGAGGCUUUUUAUACGGAAAUUUUCUGCCUGGCGCAAACUAUAAUUAUUCGAGUAAGUAUUAUUGAUUUUUAAGGUUGGGAAAGGAAUAGGACGUUUCAUAUAGCUCUUUAAAAAAAUGUUCCGCACAUCAAAUUUCCAACAAUCCAUAUUUCUAGACCCCGUGCUUCUUGCAAUCGCAUCUGCUGAAAACAUCAAAACCUUCCGCAGAAAUUCUGUAUAUGCCAUGUCUUGCGGAUCAAUGCUGAAAAAUCUGACAAAAAAGGGAUUCGAGCCAAGAUGUUAUCCAAAUGGCACAAGUGACUUCUUCCGAUGGAUUCCUUGCCCUCACGGUCAUUUAUGUAAAGGUGAAGACAAUGUUGCAAAUGUUAUUCCUGGUUUUCAAAUGACUAUGCAAAUUCAAGAACCUUACAAUCCUGAACACUGGUUAGUAAAUUUUUUUAAUUUUGAGAAGGAUAAGAUAAGGCCGUGCUGAUCUUAUUCCAAGUUCAAUCUUCAGCUUAUGAACAUAAUUUUUAAAGGUACAUCUUGUUGAUCGCUUGCAACCUUGACGAUGAUUGUAAAUGGCAAGAUUCUGCUCCGGAUGUUGAAAUUAAUUAUGAUAUUUGGCUUACCAAUGGAAAACCCAAUAGUCCGUCCGCUAGUUUUUUCACGUUCAAUUUUUCAUUUGAUGAGCAAGUGAGUUCAUUUUCAAUAGCCUUAACUUGAAAAUUGAAUAGAGGAGAAUCCAGAGAAAAAGUUCCCAGUUGAUUUUCAAUUUAAAAAUCAAAAUUUUCAGAACACUGUCCAAAUUUUCCUAUUAACUGUAUUUGCUUAUGCCAUCCUGUCUACAAUUCAAUCCGGUGCAAACUUCAAAAAUCGACAAGUUCCCCCAAGAACCAAAUGCCUAACUCACAUCAUAACAUUAAAACUGCUUGGAUAUAGUCUUCAAUGUUUCAAUGUUUUACUUUUUGCAUACGAUGGACAAGGAAUAUUUCUUGCUAGAAUAGCAGGUGAAAUCCUCAGGUACGAUACUUUUUAUUUCUUUUUGCUCUGAACCUCUAUAUUCUCAGAAACACAUCUGUUCAACUACUGUGUUUAUUAUUGAUAAUGUUGGCACGUGGAUGGGAUAUCACGUAUUAUGGAACAACUUAUUCAAAGUCGUGCAUUGCGAUUUGGGGAAUAUUGGCUGGUAUUGAUCUCCUUUUAUUUUUCUAUAAUUUUGUAAGUUUUUUCCCACUGGGAAUAUAAUAAAUGGGCUAUUUGAAUAUAGUUUUUCACACGGUUAGAAGAAAAAAAAGGAAUUUUUUAAAAAUUGCAUUCUGGAUGUUGGAACAGAAAAAAAAAUAAACAGGAAAAAAAAAUAAACGAAUUAUAAUUUAAUGUGUCCCAUGAUCGUGGGCCGCAGGAAUACUAUUUCUCUUGAUUUGUAUGAUAUUUCUCUUAAUGAUAUAAGAGACAGUUCUUAUAAAAGGGCUGGCUCGAAUGAUAAUAUUAGAUGCAAUAAAUAUGUAAAAAUCCACCUCGUGUGCUAGUUCUUCGACAGGGGCAAUGAAAUUGAAACGGCCGCUAAUAACAGAAAAUCAAUAUUCCAGAUGUUUGUUUAUGAUGUUCUUCAUGAUGUUGAUGUUUAUGCUUCCUGGCCUGGUCAUUGUAUGAUUUUCAUUCGGAUUAUCUAUGCGAUUUGGUUUUUGAUCGAGAUUCGGAAGUUGAUUGAUCAUGAAGAGAAUCGACAGAAAGCAGAGUUUCUAGCGCAUUUUGGUGCCGGGUUUUUGGUUUGGUUCAUAUCACUGCCAAUGAUUGGAAUUGUAGCCACAUUUGUUUCGCAGCUUUGGAGAUUCUCAUUGAUUUUGGGUAAGUCGCUAAUUAGUUUGGGGUUUCCGUUUUAGAGCAUCUAUAUCGAUUUUACAAUCAGAUUAUUUCUUAUUUUUAAACUUAUAAAAUUUUUCACAAAAUUAAUGAACCAUGUUUUUUUUUGCAGCUCUCACAACGUUCUCAAAUUUUGUGGCACUUUCAUGUCUGGUACAUCAAUUCUGGCCAAAAUCAUCAUAUCGUAAAUUUUUUGCUGAUUAUACAAAGUGAGUUGAUUUUUUUCGUUUUCCAGAAAAUUGUUUAUUGCUCGAGUGAAUCAUCGUGAGUCAUGUUAGCAAUAAAAUAUGAAUGUUUUUGGGAAAUUUUGAAAAAUUUGGGGAGGUUUUGUAAUUUUUCAACAAAAUGUCUGGACCAAUAAUUUUCACGUUUUAUUUUGGAAGAAAAAUUGUUUUGCAAUUAAUUUUUAUCUAUGUGAAAACCAAUUUUCCAGGGCUGAAAUUUCAGAAAAAUCAAUAUUUUAUCCUAAUUUUUGAAAUAAAUUAUUUUGAAAUCAGAAAACAUCCAAAAACAGAGGCCUUUCACAUGUCUCUGGAGGUCCUAAAGAUCUCCAAGUGAAUUACUAUCCUAAUCAUUUUUUCCAGUGGUCAUCGCCGUCUUGAUCGAGAUGAUUCUCACGAGCUCAACGACUAUGAACAAUUCAUGUUCUACAACAAUGAUUCUCAAUCAGAAGACGAUUAUCCAGAAUGCGAUGAAACUGUCAGACAUCAGAUUUGA